GAUAGCUUGUGUGACACUGAUGAGUCGUUUUGGGUCAACAAGGAUGUACUCUGAUCGAUUGGAGAGGGAUUUUAGAGGUAAGAGGGGUCUAAAUAAUUCUGGUCCUCCUAGUGACCCAAGUGGGCCAACAGAUCCUACAUGAUAUGAUAUUGAUCAGUUGUGAAUCCCAUGAGGAAAUAACGCAAGCUGUGAUUGGGUCAAUGAAGGAUGACAGCUCCUUGAAGAUGAAGAUUUACUUGCUAUAAAUAUAUCACUGCCAUAUAGCGAAGAAGUCUGACAAGGAUCCAAUGAAACUGAUGCAGCAAAAGGAAAGAUCAUCCUUGAUAAUGUAAUUGGAGAAACAAUCGAGCUCAAGCAUAUUGGAAGUUAUGUGGGAGGAGAACCCUGUGAAUGGAAAAUUGAAACUAACAGUAACAAAACUGUAACUAUUUACGUUUCAAGGAGUGAUAAAAAUACAGAGUCUAUUGCAAUCCAAUAUACUGCUAAUGAAACUGUCACUAAUCUUACCAAUAGAGAUUUGACUGUUUGUGGAGGAACAGGAAUGAACACUUCGUUUUCAGGUGCAACAGAUAUUCUUAUUCGAACAAAAGCUCAUAGACUACAGACUGAGUAUGAUAUUUUGAUUGAGCAACAAGGGACAGACUAUGGGACUCCGAAUGUCCUUACCAAUAAUAAGAAUCUUGUUCGGCUCGUGGCUAUCUGUUUGAUCUUAAUCUUAAUAAUCCUCGUACUUUCUAUUGCUGCUUUUGCUUUAUGUAAGAAAUCAUUAGCUUUAUCGAAAAGCAAAUAAAGAUAAAUCAGAAGAAAAAUUAGUAAAAAUAGCGAAAGAGAAUGCUCUUGAGGUCGAUAAAGUCAUGGAGAAUAUGAGAUCAGGAGCUUAUGAAGAUAUAUCUAGUCAAUCACAAUCUAGACUUUGAAUCAUUUGUAAUAGUAAUUUUAGAGCAAGAGAAGAAUGUCAUCUCACAAACGAAUGUUUGCACUUAUUUCAUACUUCUUGUUUAAGCAGGUGGUAUAGAAUGAUAGCAAAAACUCGAGAACUAUCUUGUCCUGAAUGAAACACUAAAAAUCACGAGGUUACAGCUCGAAGUAUGAUAAACCACUUUGGAGGAGUCCAAUUUAAUGAUGAUAUCAUCAGUGACAUUGACUUCCAACAGAAAAAUAUUAGCAGCAUCAUUUUAGAGGAAGAGAAAAAUGAGAUGCAUUAUUAAUCUAAUUAACCUAUUCAGCAAAUCUAAAA